GCAGAGUCUGGCGGAGAUAAGACACACAGAAUUAGCAGGCCGUAAGGGCGCCAUGGCCCUCCAGAGCGGGGCGAGGGAGGGGGACACCCGUGACGCGAGAGGGCUGCGGUGCUGUGCAACGAGAUAGAGCACCUAGUGUGGCAGUGACGGCCCUUCCUGUGUCUGUCUCUACCCGACCUGUCUGUAAGGAAUGGUCUUUCGAUAUCCCCAAAGUAUUCUUGAUUUCCUCCCCAUUUAUUUCACACCAAAGCUGCCAAAGUGCCAGAAAUAAGCCACCGACUAUCUUUCGCCGGCCGGCUGGACUAAUGUUCGUGAAAUUCCGGAAAGACGGGAGGAACUAGACCUGUUGUAUUCGUCCCAGCCAGAGGUCUCGCUUUUCUACUCCCAGUCUCGCAGAUUACAGACCAGGGCUGCGUUGUUGGCGCCAGUGUAGGAGACAGAUGGACCGAAAGUGCAGGGCUAGCGGUAUGCGAGGCGGGCGCGACUGGAGGACGCCUCUGCCAGGAGCGCGGACAGCCAGUCGAGGCUGGGCAAGCAGCCACUGCAGUCGCCGGUCUAAAACACGGAGGAUUAUGCAGCUUGCUAAACGACUACGAGCAAACGGCGUUUUAAGAAUUUUACCUCCAACAGUGGUGUGUGCAUGUACUCUCAUGAGUACAGUGAUAACAAGAAAAGCUCGUCAUUCAAUUACAAACGGACAAUUUAAAAAAUGACGUUUGAAUGUUCUGUGUGCAACAAAAAAUUAAAAACAGGUCAAGGUCUUCGUGUACAUCUUCAAACGCACACAGGCGAACGGCCAUUUGAGUGUUCGGUGUGCAACAAGAAAUUUGUGGCAAGAAAUAAUCUCCGAUUACAUUUCCGCACACACACCGGAGAAAAUCCCUUCGAGUGUUCUAUGUGCGACAAGAAAUUUAAGACAAGUAGCAAUCUCUGUAAACAUUUCCGAAUGCACACAGGAGAACGACCCUUUGAGUGCUCUGUGUGUAACAAGAAAUUUACGCAAAAAAGUAUUCUUCAAAGCCAUAUCAAAACUCACACAGAAGAAAGACCCUUCAAGUGUUCUCUGUGCAGCAAGAAAUUUACGAUAAGUUCUAAUUUCCGUAGACAUUUUCGUACGCACACCGGAGAAAAGCCCUUCGAGUGUUCUGUGUGCAACAGAAAAUUUACCACAAGUGAUGGUGUCCGUUCUCAUCUCGUAACUCACACAGAAGAAAGGCCAUUCGAGUGUUCUGUGUGCGAUAAGAAAUUUAAGACAAGUGCAGUUCUGUGUGGACAUGUCCGAACACACGCGGGAGAACGGCCCUUUGAGUGCCCCGUGUGUAACAAGAAAUGUAGUGAUCUACAAACCCAUCUCCGGACUCACACAGGAGAAAAGCCCUUCGAGUGCUCAGUGUGCAACAGACAAUUCAGCAGCAAUAGUGGUCUUUCGAGCCAUCUCCGAACUCACACAGGAGAAAAACCCUUUAAGUGUUCUGUGUGCAACAAGGAAUUCUCGCAAAGUGUUUCUCUCCGUACUCAUUUCCGAAUACACACAGGAGAAAAUCCCUUCGAGUGUUCUAUGUGCGACAAGAAAUUUAAGACAAGUAGCAAUCUCUGUAAACAUUUCCGAAUGCACACAGGAGAGAAGCUCUUCGAGUGCUCAGUGUGCAACAAGAAAGUUACCACGAAUUAUGGUCUCCGUUGCCAUCUCAGAACUCACACAGGAGAAAGACCCUUCGAGUGUUCUGUGUGCAACAAGAAAUUUAGGCAAAAGGGUGCUCUUCGAGGUCAUCUCAGACUUCACACAGGCGAGCGUACCUUCGAGUGUCCUGUGUGCAACAAGAAAUUUAGUCAAGACCCUGGACUUCGAAGCCAUCUCAGAACUCACACAGAAGAAAUGCCCUUCGAGUGUUCUGUUUGCAACAGAAAAUUUGCCAGCAGUAGUGGUCUUCAGUGCCAUGUCAGAACCCACACAGAUGAAAGGCCUUACCAGUGUUCUGUGUGCAGCAAAAGAUUUAUGACAGCAGGUGGCCUUCGUCGACAUUUUAUUGGAAUGCAUACUGUAGCUAGUGGUUCACAGGGACCUGAUUAAACUCUUGUGAGAUAAAUGACUUGUUUGGUGUACUAUGUACUGUGUGAUUGAAGGAACAUGUUUUAAGUUUGACAUUCGAUCUGCUUGUAUCUACACUAGCUUUGCUGUAAAUCGUAUGUGCUUUUAAUCUGUUUUUUUUUUAAAACAUAAAAUACAAAAGGAAACUGUUAGCAUGGAGCGUUCAUUGUAGUUUCAGUACUUUGAUCUCAUUGCUGAGCUUAACCUGAACUUGAAAUUAAACUUUAGCUUUAAAUGCUCAGCUCUGUCAGAAAGCGCAAGGGGAGACCGCCCGGAAGACGGCGUGAGGUGAGGUGGACAGGCAUGCAAACAAAAUCGGGAAAACAUUUUAAUUUUAGCGCGCCGCAGGCCAAGGUAGACGCACAUGUAGCUCAGCUUCACACGGUUUUAACGUGCGUCUACCUUGUAAUUGUUAAUGGUGACUGUUUGCAGUCGUCGUCACCAUCAUGAUCAUACAUUGAGUCUAAUUAGCUUCUCUCAUUAUUUUUUUGUGAGUUUUGCUCGCACCUGGGUGUAGUCUUUUUAGGAUAAUGGUCCCGCCCGAACCCGCCCGCCCGUUCGCUUUCAAAGAACCGCGCGCGCCGCCCGCACCGCCCGCUCCCCCUCUCCCCUCGUCGUCUCCUCCUCGUUUUACACGCCGCCCCUGUUCUCCCCUGAGACUGAGACCACCACCUCCCAACCGCGCCCUAGCUCCGCGGCCCGCGGCGGCUGAGGCUCUCGGCUCGACUCGGCUCGACUCGGCCACCUUGUCGGCUCGAUUCGG